AUGUGUGCAAGAAGUUUGAUAUCAAAUGUUCCCCUCCUGAAACAACAACUCCUUGUGGGGCACUUUUUGGAAGUGACGUGUGUAAAUCCUGCGUUUGUCAUUAACCAUCCUGAGAUAAUGAGUCCUUUAGCAAAGUGGCAUCGAUCGAAACCUGGCCUGAAUGAACGUUAUGAAUUGUUUGUCAACAAGCAUGAAUUGCCAAAUGCAUACACAGAAUUGAAUGAUCCUGUGGUACAACGCCAACGAUUUGCUGAUCAACUCAAGGACCGACAAUCAGGUGAUGAUGAAGCAAUGGCUUUGGACGAAGCAUUUUGUAGAGCUCUUGAGUACGGGUUAUCUCCAACUGGUGGUUGGGGUUUGGGCGUUGAUCGGCUCUGUAUGUUGCUAACUGAUUCACAAAAUAUUAAGGAAGUUCUACUCUUCCCGGCUAUGAAACCACAGGAUGAGCCUUCUGCUAAAGCCACUUUAGGUGCUUGA